AUGCACAAGCGCACUAAGAUAAAGAUUGCCAUCUUCGUGCUAAUAGUGGGAAUGGCAUGCAUGUUCACUGCGGUGGUAACGGACCACUGGGCCGUUCUCAGCCCGCAGGUGGAUAAAGUCAAUGACACCUGCGAGGCGGCCCACUUCGGCCUGUGGAGGCUGUGCAAGAAGCAAAUCUACAUCAGCUCGGAACACUUCCAGCAGGGGCUUGGCUGCGGACCCAUCAGCCUGCCUGGAGAGGAAAACUGCACCUACUUCAGACACUUCACUCCAGGGCUGGAUACCGAGAUAUUUGAAUAUAAAACGCAGAAAGAGUACAACAUCUCAGCCGCUGCCAUCUCCAUUUUCAGUCUAGCCUUCAUGAUCCUGGGUUCUCUGUGUCUGAUCGGAUCAUGUACCGGCAAAGGCAAAGGAAGAGACUACCUCCUCAAACCUGCUGGCAUGUUUUUCGCAUUUGCAGGUCUCUGUGCCUUCAUCUCACUGGAAGUGAUGCGCCAGUCGGUCAAACGCAUGAUCGAGAGCGAGGAUACAAUCUGGAUCGAGUACUACUACGCCUGGUCCUUCGCUUGUGCCUGCACCGGCUUCGUCCUCCUUUUCCUCACUGGCAUCGCCCUCCUGCUCCUCUCCAUGCCCCAGAUGCCCAGGAAUCCAUGGGAGACUUGCAUGGAUGCCGAGCCGGAUCAAGUGGAGUGA